AUGCCUAUGUCAUCUCAUGCAAAGCUGCUGCUAGACUCUCCCAAUGUCACAUCUGACAUUCCAGAAGCCAAUGGGACCAACCAGACAUCCAACGGUCAUGAGCACCGCAUCAUCAUCCCCAGUGAACUCUUUCUGACUCUGGGCUUGUUGAGCUUGGUGGAGAACGUGCUGGUCGUGGCCUCCAUCAUCAAGAACAGGAACCUUCACUCGCCCAUGUACUACUUCAUCUGCUGCCUGGCUGCGUCGGACAUGCUGGUGAGCGUCAGCAACCUUGUAGAGACCCUCUUUAUGUGUCUGAUAGAGCACGGGGUGCUGAUCUUGGCGCAAGACACGAUGCGCCACAUGGAUAACAUCAUGGACAUGCUGAUUUGCAGCUCCUUCAUGGCCUCACUGUCCUUCCUGGGGGUCAUCGCCAUUGACCGCUACAUCACCAUCUUCUAUGCCUUGCGGUACCACAGCAUCAUGACCAUCCAACGGGCAGUCAUCAUCAUUGUGGCCACCUGGGUGGUCAGUGCGAGCGCAAGCACUAUCUUCAUUGCUUAUGACGACCACAAAGCCGUGAUCCUGAGCCUCUUGACCUACCUGCUCUUCAUGCUCACCCUCAUCAUGGGGCUCUACUUCCACAUGUUCAUGCUGGCACGCCAGCAUGCCCGGACCAUAUCUCGAAUGCAGAGGAAACACCCCGCCUCCCCAGUGACUAGCAUGAAGGGGGCUAUCACCCUCACCAUCCUCCUGGGGGUCUUCAUUGUCUGCUGGGGACCUUUCUUCCUCCACCUGAUUCUCAUUGUCACCUGUCCCAGCCACCCCUUCUGCACAGGCUAUUUCAAGUACUUCGAACUCAAUCUGAUCCUUGUCAUCUGCAACUCUGUGGUGGACCCCAUAAUCUAUGCCUUCCGCAGCCAGGAGCUCAGGAAGACUUUGAAAGAGGUGGCGUUGUGUCGCUGGUGA